AUGAAGCUCCAAGUUUUCUUUGUCCUUAUAGUACUUCUUGCUGACCGUCUCCAUGUCAGUUGUCUAGAAGCUAGCUCAAAUUCAUUUACCACUUUUGGUGGUAGCGUUAGGUGGCACAAUUCGGAUGCUUCUAUCAAGCAGUUUGCUUCACAACUCAAAAUCCAUGUGCACAGCCUUCCAGAUGAUACUUUACGAAAGGUUGUUGAUGUACUUCCGAAUGGCGCGUAUUCUGUCUUUGUAUCCGACAAGGGUCGCUAUAAAAUCCGUCUUUCCACUCCACCGGGGUGGAAUUUCAUUCCUAGUGAAGGUUAUGCUAUCGACUUAAACGAAAGUAUCCAAGAUGUUCAAAUGAGCUACGUUUUUGAUCUUACGGGUUUUGACGUUAUCGGUCAAGUUGUGACAACGGGAAUGAAUACUGGGCCUUCAGAUCUUGUUAUAACGGCCUUUUCAAGUGAUGGUACGGCCGUUUCCCAUACCAAAACUAUAUCGGGCGGAAGCUUUACUCUUGUUUCUGUUCCGCCUGGAAAAUACCUAAUUACUGUCGGGGAUUCUGUAUCAAAUAGCAACGAUGGCGUUCGGGCGAGCACUAGCGUCACGGUAUCUACUACUAGUGUUAAAUUAACUGAACCCCUUGUUCUGGAGGGACAUUCUUUGCGAUCUCAAGUGACUUUCAAUGGUGAAGGAGUUGCUAACAUUCCAGUUCUUUUAUUAAUUUCUAAGUCCAGCCAAUUGGGUGCUGCUGAUUUGGAGAAACUGGGCUGUUCCCGACCAACCAAACAACUAUCCCACUUAAUUCCAGCGGAAUUGAAGCAUCGUGUCAAUUCAAACCUUGCCUGUCAGGCUGUCAGUGGGAGUGAUGGUAGUUUUUCCUAUUCUCGUUUAGCUGGAGGAACAUACUUCCUUGUAGCUUAUCACGAUUCAACUCUCAUGAAAUCCAGUGAAAUUAAAUCAAAUCAUCUUGAAUUAAGCCCAUCAUUUUUGUCAGUCACUAUGGAGCAUGCUGACAUUCAAAUCGAAUCGGGGUUUGAAGUCAUUUCUUACCGCCUUUCCGAUGGAAAAGUGAAACAGGCUUCUGGAAGGCCGAUUGUAAAUGCUGAAAUUAUUCUCAACGGUUCCCCGGUAACCAAAACUGAUUCAUCUGGUUUAUUUAAACUCGACCUCUCCGCGUCAGCUCAAUAUGAGAUUCAAGUAAAAGCCCCCGGAUUGAAAUUUGAUAAACUUUCAGUUAAACUAACUCCUGCAACGGAGUCUCUCCCCACCUUUGUUCCUAAAGAGGUUGAAGUCUGCGGUCGAUUUAUUCUAUCGAAUAGCUUAAGGGCAGGUACUCGAUUCCCAAAUGUAGAAGUUGCGGGUGGUCCGAAAAUUCAACCAUCUGUUUCUAGUGAAUCAAAAUCAGCUAACUUUUGUGCCUAUCUUAGCCCUGGAAAGCACACUCUUCGUUUGGCCAAAGCUUCAAACUUCAUCAAUUUUGCUCCCUCUUCAAUUAAUGUUGAUCUUUCAUCGGGUCCCGUUAGUGAUCUCGUUUUCUUCCAGUUCCAAGCAGUCUUGACUGGGGAAGUUAAUUGCAUUGACAAGUGCCCAGUUUCAAACCUGGCUAUUCGUCUUUCUUCAAGCGAUCAGUCAAUGUUGGAACCUGUUGUUGUUCAUUUGGAUGCAGAUGCACAAAACGAAAAACGUGCUACCUUCUCGUUUAAAUCUGUAACUCCUGGAGCCUAUGAUCUUGAAUUGUUAACAAAGGACGGAAAUCAAGUAGCAAGUGGAUGGUGUUGGUAUUCGCCGGGUCUUAUUCGUCAUAUUAAAGUUUCUGACCAAGAUUUGCACAACACACCUGAGUUGGUCUUCCAACAAAGUGGCUACAGUCUUCAUGUUAACAUUCCUCUCCUUGACUAUGGUUUCGGAAAACCCAUUGAUUUUAAAGUCACACCACAAAUCGAGUUCAAUGGUUCAUCUACAUCUAGAAAACCUAUUUUUUACAGAUUCACAAAACCAAUAAAUAGUAUCUGUCUACCGGCUGGAUCAUUCAUCUUCGAGGCUUCAACCGCCUGCUUAAAGUUGGAAACUCCAUCACCUUCUAGAGUCAACUCGGUCGAUAUUCCAAUUUCCCCACCUUCUAAACCACUUUCGAUUUCAGUUCGUGAGAUUCCCGUUCGUGCUGUUGUUGCGACUGAACCAAGCGUUGACGAAAACAGCCUACCAGAGCUCACUAUCCAGGCUAAAAUUGCUGGUAGUGUUGUUCAAAAGUCAUCCUCAAAAUGGGAAAAGGAGGGUGAUGUGUAUGUGUCUCGCAUGAAUCUUUGGGCAUCACCUGAUUCCGAAGUGGUCUUCUCUGUAUCACCCGCCAAACCGCCUUCAGAUACGGAUAAAGUCCACCCUCUCAUUCGUCCCACUUCGCAAACUCUCCGGGUUCCAUCUUUUAUUUAUUCACCAGCUCAUUCUAUAAAUGAUGAAGCUGAACUUGAAGGCAGCAGUACUACUCUCCCGAAAAUAGAUGAAUCAGAGUGUAAUUCCGCUUUGGAAACCGCAUUCGGGGGCUCUGAACACCUCACCUCCACAUUCUCCAUGAAAUCCGGUUUCUUCUUUACUGGAAGUAUUCAACCGGCAGUUGAAGACGCUUUAGUAACCGUCUUUGCCGAUACCUCAGUUGUACUUUCUCCCUUCCUUGAAGUCACCUCAAAAAUGACGAAACUCUUCUCUGAACAGGAGUUGAACACCGCCUCACCGAAACCUGGUUUCGCUCUAGUUUCUCGAGCUCUCACCAACUCCCAAGGGACAUUCCGAAUUGGUCCUUUCUACUUUGACAAGCUUGGCGUUUCUUUAAGCAGUCACCUAAUUGUUAGCGUCCAAAAACCUGGGUUUGAAUUCACUAAAAAAUCCCCCACUGAUUUGUUGAACUUUAAAGCCGUUAAACUGGCUCUUGUUGAGAUUCGUGUUGUGUCGGAGGAAACCAAAAAGCCAUUACCUGACACCUUGGUCGCUGUUAUUGGAAGCGUUUAUCGUGAUAGUGGAACUACAGAUUCAAUGGGCUUCGUUCGCUACAUUGGAUUACCUCCUGGUGAAUACUACAUGCAACCAAUGCUGAAGGAAUACGAGUUCUUUGUGCUAAAGGAAUCCAAGGGUCCUCUUGAGCAUCCUAUGGAACACGCGUUGAGUGUAGUUGAUGGGGAAUCUAUGAGUGUAGAACUUGUGGGCCGCAGAGUUGCCUAUUCAGCCUUUGGUGAGGUGACUUCUCUUUUUGGUCACCCUGAGGGUGGAGUUCUUGUCGAGGCUAAGCUGCUUUCUUUGGAGGAAAUGAAAACCUAUACUGAUCAUUCAGUUCUUCCCAUUCAAGGUGAAGAAACUGUUCCCAACUGUCAAGCACAUUCUAAAGAAACUGUUUUGGUUCAUCCUGUGGAGCAGACUUACACGGAUAAUCAUGGUUUCUUUAAGAUACUCGGUCUUCUUCCUGGUGAUGAGUUAUUCAGUGAUGCCUUCCCUAUCAAGGUGGUGAAUGACUACAUUUGGGAAGUUGAAGGCAGUUUUAUAAAAGUGAGUGGUGGUGUGGAUGAUGCUCUCAUCGGUGCCAACCCCUCCACAGAAGGCGGUGAGGAUGAUGGUGUUCAGGACGAUGUCAGGACAGUUAUCAAUGUUGUUGAAUCUCAUCAAUUGGAACAGAUGGAUGUUGGAACAGUAAGGGAUUACCAGGCCUAUUUGAAGGGAUAUCUCAAGAGCGUUAUUAGUCGUAUGGAAGAACGCUGCCCAGAAAAGAAGGCUGAUUUCCAGAAGGCAGUUGGUGAAUACUUUAAGACCAAGGUUAUUGGUGAUUUUAAAAAUAUGGACUUCUAUCGUUNACACACCUAA